CCCAAAUCCCCUCAACCUUCAGAUGAGCUACAUCCCACUAUCCUUUGCGAUGGGUUGAUAAGUGGAUCCAAGAUGGCGUAGAAAGUAAAGCUAGACAUUCUGUCCCUGAGUCAUGGCGGACAGGAGAGCGGAGAAGUCAUGUGAAGAAGCCAGCGGAUCGUUAGCCAGGCGGGAGUACGAGGCGGCAGUGAGCCACUGCACAGAUGUGCUGCUGGCCCUCGGCCCCCCYGCCCCUCCCAGCCCUGGACCCCGCGCAUCCAACGCCCCCAACGACACGGUUACCCCCCUCCGCAGCCGCGCCCUGCUCUACAGGAUAGCCGCCCUGCUACAGCUGAAAAACUAUGAUCAAGCAGAUGAAGACUGCAAACAUGUUCUGGCCGAGGAGCUGGCCAAGGGAGACGGGUCGUUUCAGGCCAGCCUGCGCUGCAUGCUGGUGGACGGCAGCCUGCACGAAGUGGCCGGRCUCCUCUCCAAGUCCCUGUUUGGGGAGCCUCUGAACGGCAUCGUCACAAAGGACUUAACUAGAUUAAAAAUGCUUCUCUCAGAAAUUGAAGCCAUUCGUAGCGAGAUGGCCACAGAAUAUACAGACGACAACGAGGAAGAAGUACGGGAUGGAUGGCAGUUUCGCCCCCCGCCUAGAGGAGUUACCAGCAGUGAGGAGUACACGCUGUGUAAAAGGUUCCUGGAGCAGGGCCUGUGUCGCUACGGUGCCCAGUGCACGUCGGCCCACUCCCAGGAGGAGCUGAUGGAGUGGCAGAAGCGCUACGCCUCGCGCCUCAUCCGCCUCAAGCAGCAGCAGGAGAGCAAGCACUUCACCGAGAACUACAUGGAGGCGCUCAUCGAGAAGUGGAUGAACUCUCUCUCCCCRGAGAAAGUGCUGAGUGACUAUUUGGACGGCGUCAGCGUGGAACACAGCUCCAACCUCUCCGUAACUGUCACCACCAAGAAAUCAGCUCACUCCUGGACCUUCUCCCUGUUCUGCAAGCCUGUGAGGAAGCUGUACCGCAUCGCCCUGCUCUACGACGCCCACCGACCCCACUUUCCAUCACGGGCGUGGUCGGUUGGCGAUGCCGGCGCCCAGCGGCUGCAGGCGGCGGCCGAGGGCUGUCAGGAGUGGACGGCGGGCGAGGAGGCYCUGGCGGCCGACAACGGCAUUGACCACUGCGUCUACACGGUGGUGGUGGGCUUCAGCACCGAGAUAUUCGGCACCUUCCGCCAGACCAUCGUCUUCGACUUUGGCUCGGAGCCCGUGCUGAUGCAGCGCAUCAUGGUGGACGCUGCCUCCAUAGAAGACCUGGAGCACCUAAUGCAAGCCAGGCAGCAGCUCCUGAUGACGGCCAAGCGCUGGGACCCGUCCUGCAAGACCAUCGUGGAGUUCAGCCCCAAUGAGACGGUGGACCUGGACCGCAGCCUGCUGGCCCGCUACCAGAUCCCCCUGUCGGCCGACCAGCUCUUCACCCAGUCGGUGCUGGACAAGACCCUGACCCGGGACAACUACCAGGCCCGCCUGCACGACCUGCUCUACAUCGAGGAGAUCGCCCAGUACAAAGAAGUCAGCAAGUUCAACAUCAAAGUCAACCUCCAGCUGGUCACCAGCUUCAUGCUGACUGGCAUCUCGGGUGGCGCCAAGUACGCCCAGAACGGGCAGCUCUUCGCCCGCUUCAAGCUGACGGAGACGCUGUCGGAGGACACGCUGGCGGGCCGCCUUGUCAUGACCAAGGUGAACUCUGUCUUGCUGCUGCCCCUGGCCCGCCAGGAGUGGUGCAGCCAGCCCCCGGGGGUCAAGGAGCGGGUCUACGAGGCCUGCAUCGAAGAGAAGACCAAGGACUACAUCUUCCUGCGGAUAUGCAAGGACUGCUGCGAGGAGCUGGGCUUGAUACCUGAUAGGGAACUGCAGGUGGAGCUGCAGUUUCAGUUGAACCGCCUGCCCCUGUGUGAGAUGCACUAUGCUCUGGACCGCAUCAAAGACAACGGCAUCCUGUUCCCAGACGCCAGCCUUACCCCCACCAUCCCCUGGAGCCCCAACAGGCAGUGGGACGAGCAGCUGGACCCGCGUCUCAACGCCAAGCAGAAGGAGGCCAUCCUGGCCAUCACCACGCCUCUAACCAUCCCCCUGCCCCCUGUGCUCAUCAUCGGGCCCUACGGCACGGGCAAGACCUUCACCCUGGCACAGGCCGUCAAGCACAUCCUCAAGCAGGACGACAGCAGGGUCCUCAUUUGCACCCAUUCCAACAGUGCAGCUGACCUGUACAUAAAGGACUACCUUCAUCCAUACGUAGAAGCGGGCAACGCGCAUGCAAGACCUCUCAGGGUAUACUUCAGGAACCGCUGGGUGAAGACUGUCCACCCGUUGGUGCAGCAGUACUGUCUGAUCUCUAACACACAGUACACUUUCCAGAUGCCCGAGAGAGAGGACAUCCUCCGGCACCGCGUGGUGGUGGUCACCCUCAGCACCUCCCAGUACCUCUGCCAGCUGGACCUGGAGCCAGGGCUCUUCUCUCACAUCCUAUUGGACGAGGCGGCCCAGGCCAUGGAGUGUGAGACCAUCAUGCCUUUCGCGCUGGCCAGCAAAAGCACCCGCAUCGUGCUGGCUGGAGACCACAUGCAGCUCAGUCCGUUUGUGUACAGCGAGUUUUCUCGAGAGCGGAACCUGCAUGUGUCGCUGUUGGACCGGCUGUACGAGCACUACCCAGCCGAGUUCCCCUGCCGCAUCCUGCUCUGUGAAAACUACCGCUCCCACGAAGCUAUCAUCAGUUACACGUCAGAACUGUUCUACGACGGGAAGCUGAUGGCCAGCGGGAAGCAGCCGUCCCACAAGGACUUCUACCCGCUGACCUUCUUCACGGCGCGCGGCGAGGACGUCCAGGAGAAGAACAGCACGGCCUACUACAACAACGCAGAGGUGUUUGAGAUCGUGGAGCGGGUGGAGGAGAUGCGUAAGAAGUGGCCGGUGGCGUGGGGCAAGCUGGACGAGGGCAGCAUCGGCGUGGUAUCGCCCUACGCCGACCAGGUAUUCCGCAUCCGCGCCGAGCUCCGAAAGAAGAGGAUGCACGAGGUCAGCGUGGAGCGGGUGCUCAACGUCCAAGGUAAGCAGUUCCGGGUGCUCUUCCUGAGCACUGUGCGCACACGGCACACCUGCAAGCACAAACAGACGGCCAUCAAGCGGAAGGAGCAGCUGGUGGAGGACUCGACGGAGGACCUGGACUARGGCUUCCUGUCCAACUACAAGCUGCUCAACACGGCUAUCACUCGCGCCCAGUCCCUGGUGGCCGUGGUGGGAGACCCCAUAGCGCUCUGUUCGGUGGGCCGCUGCAGAAAGUUCUGGGAGAAGUUCAUCUCCAUCUGCCACGAGAACGCCAGCCUGCACGGCAUCACCUAUGAGCAGAUCAAGGCCCAGCUGGAGGCCCUUGAGCUCAAGAAGACCUACGUGCUCAACCCGCUGGCGCCCGAGUUCAUCCCCCGCGCCCUGCGGGCCCAGCCGGCCCAGCACCCCCAUCAUCACCAUCACCAACACCCACACCCCCAGGGACACACGGCCAUCAAGCAGCCCCAGCAGCAGCAACCGCAGCAGUCUCCCGCAAAGGGGAAAGGUCAACAUGCGAACCACACGGAGCACUUCCCACCUGAAGGAUUUGUUCAACCCAACCCUGCGGUGUUGAUGGGCAACCCCAUCCGGGCGUUCACGCCGCCCUUAGGGGGCACACCUGGCGGCAUGGGCAAGUCCCCCAGUCCCGUGCAGAGGAUAGACCCCCACACGGGUGCCAGCAUCCUCUACGUGCCCGCCGUCUACGGAGGCAACAUGGUCAUGUCCAUGCCACUGCCUUCUGUCCCCAUCCAGUUGCCGUGGCCCGGCUAUCAGAACCGCUUCGCCAUGGACCCACGCAUUAUGAGCCACCAGGCGGCCAUGGCCUACAAUCUGAACCUGCUGCAGGCCCAGAACCGGGGCUCGCCCAUCCCCUACGGCGGAGUCACACACCCCUCCCCCUUGGGCAUGGGCCAGCAGACCAGUCCCGACAAGGAGCUUCAGGCUGAUUCUGUCAGAAACGGUAAAAUGGACGGGUGUGCAAAGUCCGAGCAGAGUCGGCUGCAGACACCAGAGAGGAAGACCUCGGAGAUGAAGGACAAACAGGGAGAGUGUGACCCGGGCGGUGGCCGGGGUCUGGACUCUCAGACYGACGGACUGGGCUUCCCCAAUGCCAUGCUUCACCGCAAGGACAACUCAAGCCAAAGACCACUCAACUACCACCUGGCGCCCCCCAACCCGGCCUUUGCCCCCCAUCCCGUGGGUCGGGCUUUCCCCCCACAGUACCCCGGCGUGUCCAGGCUCCCCUUUAGGGUGCCGACCCAGCACCCAGGUGGGGGCCCGGCCAUGGGUCAGCCUAACCAGCAUCACUCGGCCCAGCUAUCCCCAGCCUACGCCAGCGGCGGCCACAACCCCUCCUUCUUUGGUGGGGCCAUGGCCUCCCACAGAGGUGUGCCGGAGACUGAGGAGGAGGGGCCGGAGGAGAUGGGGAAUUCCAUCAGGUCCCAGAUGGGCCACCAGGUGGGGCACCACCCGGCCCUGUCGCAGCCCAGCCGAGUUAACAGCUUCGGAGAGGAGAACCAGGAAGGAGGCCUGGGAGAUGGGAUGGACCCCCUAACUCUGGAGGCCCUGAGCCAGCAGGCGCGGCUGGGCCAGUGGGGUGAGCCCGGGCCCUUCCUCCAGGGCGGUGUGGCCUUCCCUCUGCCCCAGCAGCUGGCCCAUCUGGCCCAGCCCGGCCUAGCCCGCUUCCCCCCUCAGCUGCUGGCACGGGCCAACUGGAGAAUGAGCGCCGGCAUGGAGGACGAGGCUGGCGGACCGCCUUUCACUAGGUUCCCAGGCCUCCUGAGAGAGAUGCCCCCCCAGGAUCAGCCCGAUCCCAGGGACCCGGUUGAGAUGCAGCCCCCUCCCCAGUCCCGCCUGCUCCAGUACCGCCAGGUCCAGUCCCGCUCCCCGGGAGACCCCUCCUCCCCCUCGUCCGUAACCUCCAACCACACCGGCCCCUUCCCCCCUGGCCCCUAUCCCGGCCGAGACCCCACCAGCCACGAGCUGGAGCUCCUCAAUAAUCCGGGUCUCCAGCAGCACCCGGGGAACCAGCUCUACAACCCCAACGCCUACCCCCACCAGCUGGGCCACUCCACAACCCCGCCCCCGCAGGUCAAGUACCUCCUCCAGGAGGCCCAGUGGCCUCACGGCGGAGCUGGCGUGGCCCAGAACCACAUGCUGGCCCAGGGCCAGGGCUUCCCCUAUGGGCUGCCCGUCAUGGCCCACCCCAGUAGACAGGAGCAGGUCCACCUCAUGCAGCUCCACCACCAGCAGCAGCAGCACCAACAACAACAGCAGCAGCAGCAGGGUCAAGGCCCAGGCCAGGAGCCCUACCACCCUCUCUCCCCCAGAACAACAGGUGCCACCGCCCUUCACAAUGUAGAAGAGUAUGAACCCAGGGGUCCCGGGCGGCCCCUCUACCAGCGGCGGAUCUCCUCCAGCUARCCAGACGAGGGAUCCGCCCGCCUAGACGCUCGCGCCUUGGCCCAGCAGCAGCCACAGCCCUCUGUGGCCCGGCAACGGAGGUGGCCUGGCCCGUUCCAGAACAUUCCAUGCAACGGAGCCAGCACACUCAUUCAACACCGGGACCUCCUAGCUUCCAAGGCCCUGCGGCAGGCAGCAGAGGAGCAGAUGAAGGCUGAAGCGGCAGCAGCAGUAGCUGCGGCCCAGCCUCCCGCCCACUCCCUCCAGCACCUCGGACAAUUCCCCCCUCUCAUGCCCAACAGCAAGCAACAGCCACAGCAGCAGCAGCAGCAGCAGGCCCCCCCAGAGCCCGUCCAAGGCCCCGGGGGCCCCCAAAACCCUGGCAAACCCCCCACCAUGUCCUACGCCAGUGCCCUCCGCGCCCCACCCAAACCCAGAGCUCGUCCCGAACAGGUCAAAAAGCACAGCGACCCACUUUCCCUACUCCAAGAGCUGAGCAUAGGAAGUUCAAAUGGUAGCAACGGAUACUAUUCCUAUUUUAAAUGAGUUUCACCCCUGAGAAAUCGCCCCUAGAAAAAUAUAAAUAAAAAAAACAUGUAAAAUAUAAAGAAAGAAAAAAAAAAGAUAAUAAUGGCAAAACUUUUGUGAAAAAGACAAAAAAAAAGCGGUACAAGUGCUUUUACAAAUCGUUUCUAUUCAUCGUUUUUGUUUCAGCUUUUUUGUUAUGUUUUAAACUUUUAUUUGUAACAGUCAAAUCUUUCUUCUGUUUCACAUAUCUGACAUAAAAAUUAAAAAAAAUAUGUAAAACAUAAGUAUAUAUAAUGGAUGCAUUACUGGUAUAUAUACAUGCACAUUAUGUAUAUAUGAAUAUAUGCUUAUAUUAUGUACACUUAUAUAUGUACGUAAUGCAAAAAAAAAAAAAAGGUAGAAAAAUAAACUAAAAUGAUUUUAAAAACACAUUUGGUUGACCACUUGGCUGCCUGUCUGUUUUCCCUUGUUGAAGUUGGUUAUGUUGGCCACUUUUUUUUGUCCGUUUUUAAAAAUUGAGUGGACUUUCUAUGUCUUGAUUUUCAUCAUAGUUGUGUUAACAGGGAAAAAGCUAAGUGGUCAACUAAUUUCAUAUAAAAUAUAUGGAACAUUGUAUAGAAGUAGAUACAUUUUCCUCUAAUCUGUACAUAUAAAGAAAAUAAAUGACUGAGUUGUAUGCCACAGACAUGUACCUAAAUUCCUGUAUCAUGUUAGAAUUGACAUUAGACUUCAUUUGGUUUACUUUUAAUCCUUAACCUUAGACAAAAUCAUCUUCAGUGACAGAUUAGUGGAGUAAAUGAGAUUUUUACAUACAUGCAAACGCACACGAUUCAGAAUAAAACUAUUACUUUAUUAUACAUUUAUACAAAUGUGUUGGUUGCACGUCGAUUCCUUUAUUUCACUGGCCCUCUCGUUUAAAAGAUAAAAAUAUAGGAUAGAUGAUUGAUGAUAAGCAUGCGAAGCCACAUCGAAGUGAGGUCUACUGUUGUCUGAUUCCAACUUGGAAAAACUAGUUUCAGGAAGAACCAUGGUUUGCUUCUUCUGCCGUUUCAUCUGAGGCCCAAAGAUAGUUGUUGGAAUGGCUUUCCCGUUAGUCGGUUAACCACUGUCUUUGAAGUAGGGGUUAUGGCGUGAUGGGGUUAAAUUCCAAAGUGUUACAUGUCCAAUCACAUGUCGACCAAACAUCUAAUCAGUUAAAACUGCAGAUUUAAAAAAAAAUAUGUAUGUGGAGAAACUUGAGACAAACUGUAUAAAUGAGUGGCUGGGUAAACGUAAGUCAUAACUAAGGCACGGCUGCUGAGGGAAUCUGAAGGUAUAGAGAGGGAUGACGGCCAAGUUGGAAAGAUUUUAUUCGCGUUGAGUGAGAUGUUGGGCCGACGUCAGUUAUCUCCUUGUUUUUCUUUGACCCACUUCAGAGCUUUACGGUCAUUUAGAAAGGCUUGAGAAAGAUCCUGUCACCAACUUUCCCCAACAUUCCCUGGUAUUUCUGAAAUCCCGGGUUGAGGUUUUCUGGAAUCAGCAAGGGAGUUAGCAACUAGGGAAUCGUCUGACUUGGAAUUCUUCAACCAGGAUUUCAAAAAAAAAAAAAGGGAAUUUGGGGGAUUUUGCGACCCUACACUAUUUUUGCAACCCUAGACUUAUGUAGGACUUCGGCCCGAAAGAAUACCGGCUGGUUUAGACCAGUGCCAUCAGUUACUUUUUGAUUCAGUCUUAUCAUCUGAGUUGUACUGGUACUGCAAUACCAGUCUUUUUCACCGAUAUUCCAUUUCCGCUGAUGACAGAGUACAUCACUUUUAGCUACCAACCUCUUGCUCUGAUUAAAUCGUUGCUUAGAUGACUGAGAACUCAUUCAGUCUGUUUGCCCUGGCAAUUUGCCUGGAAAUUUAGACAGAAAAAAUAUUUAGCUUUUAUUUUGACGACUCAAAUUUUUUUCAAUUGUUAACAAAUAAAUGCAAUCAGUGUGGGUUAUUUUAACCAUAAGGGAAAAAAUUGUUCAGGCGUUUGUAGGACUUUUCUGACAUGCAUUCCAUUCCAUUCAGUGAUGUAUUUUGUUUUUAGGGUGACACGUAUCUUGUGAGUGAAAUCUAUUUGCAUUUUUGUAAAAUAAUUUGCAAACAACCAUCAAGCUGUCAAAUCUUUAUACAUUUGUAUGGUGUGCACACUCCAAAAAUAAAUUGCCUGUAGGAUAAAAUUGUUAUGACAAUUAUUGACGAUUAUUAUCAAAUGCAAAUUUGUGACUGAUUUUGAUUCACUUGGUAGAUUAUUUUUUGUGUGUAAUAGCCACUGUUGUCACAUUUACUGGAAUCCAUUUUCUCUCAACUUUUCAUGAUUCAUUUAUUUUUAAUUGGUUAAUGGUAUGUUUCAGUAUAUUUUAAUAAAAUACCCUUGGAUUCUAAUUGGUAAAUUUGAUGUAACUAUUUAGUCAUUCAUUUUAAUGUAUGAGCCCGUCAAUCAGUUUUUUUUGUUUAAAGAGUCAAACAUGCUGUCAGCUAUUCAGGAAGCAAAUCUAGUUGGAAUGAAAAACAUCUCCUCUUAAACAUAGUUGAAACAAUCAUUCAAAACAUUUACUGGGACUUCAGUUUAUUUGAAUUUUCCAAGGUCCAGAUUCGAGGUUGUGAAUUUUAGGUUCAUCACAACAAAAAACAUACUUGUAAAUAUGCAUUUUCUAGGUAUUUACAAACAAGGUUUAGGGAGUGCCUCAAUUUUGUAGAAGCUGUUUAAAAGAAGAGGUAUGCCCUUUUUAAUUAUGCAAAUUCACAAAAUCAACUCACAAAAAUGGACAUGGACCGUGUUGGCAGUCACAGCAUCUUAUAGUAAUAUAACUUUUUAAAUUCAUUUUUAUAAGAUGGUGUCUGGCUGCUUUUACAAAGUUUUUUUGUUGCAGGCAUAUAAAAUGUUAUUUUACUGUAGAAUACUUAUUUUUAAAAUCAAUGUUGCAGGAAUUAUUUGUCCUUGGUUCAGUUUUUCCGCUAAAUCCGUUUAAAAGAUAUUUUAAUUUCAGCGGUGCUUUGUGGUUCGACAAUUAUUUUUCAUGUAAGACUGUACAUUCAUUCUGUGCAUGCCAAGAUGACAUGGCUUGUUUAUAUCCCCGAUUUAUCAAAUAGUUUAUUGAUUUGUGCAACAACAAUAAAAAUGUUUUUGUUCUCUCCCUACAAAGUAACAUUUUGGUUUAUUAUUUGAUGUGUACAAUGACUUGUGACAUUAUGAACAAAAAAGUAUGAUAUUUUACUAACAUGUCAAUGAAUUAUGUAAUGUUCAUGUAAGAGUUGUUUUUCCUCCAAAUUAUCUUGCUGGGCAAAAGUUGCUCCCAGCCAUACGAGGCACAUAUUAUAAGCUUUGAAAGUCUUUACAAAGAAGUGGAUAUCAAAUUUGAAUCAGUUUUUCGCAAAUUAGUUGUUGGUUAAUCUCUGAAUUGUGCAAGACUUACUCCUCACAAUUUCUACAGUGUCUGACAUGUAUUUGCGUAAAACCCAAAACAUAAGAGAUUGAGCCAUUCUAAGUGUUUGUUCUUAAUAAUCUUGUCCAGGAGUAAGUAAUAGUAGGUCUGUGCUUGUGUCCAUACCGCACCUUUUUCAGGCCUUUAUCAUUGCUUACUCAAUAUCAAAAUCUCCAUUUUGUGCCGUGUCAUGCCUUGUGACCUGAUUGACUUUGCAUCGAGACCGAAGCUUUUAAUUUGUUUGUCGUCAACCAAGUUUUAAUGUCAGUUAGCCUCCACCCAGACCCAGUCACAUAUCAUUGCGUGUAAGUGGCUUACGAAGGUUCCGCACGUUGCUUUCGUAAAACAACCUUAACUUGAACGGAUGUUUUUUGUGGUGGGAGCAGCCUUUUGCCCAGCCAGUAGAGAGCACUGUGUUCAGCCUUUGGUAAAACCACAUCUCCUGUUGUCAUCCAUCUUGUCUCCUCUAUUUCUUCCCCUCCCACAGUAAAUCAAUGGCACGCCUGUUAACUGUUACCCCUCCACUGGAUCCACACAGGUGGGCUACAUAAUGAUGAAUAUUUCCCUUUCACUCUUUUCAAUUCAAUUGGUGGUGGUCAUAAUAAAGGAUGUCGACUUUGUUUCAAAGGUUUAAUUUAAUUAUUUUUAUUUUUCAAAUGUGUUUCUCUAUUAAAGUGUCUUAUUGAAUCA